AUGCCUCAUAAUGCAUCCCCUUCCGCUCCAGAGACAACGGAACUGCCAAAGAAAAAGCGGUCUUUUCUCCGCAUACCGUCUCGGUCCUCGUCAAAGAAGAAUAAAGAACACUCGCAAUCGGAAGACACCAACCGGGAAGGCACUGGAGCCUCGCUAUCCACUUCGCAAACAAACCUGACGGGGAGCCACAGCAAGGCUAGUAGCACAAGGUCACGACACGCACAGCCUCUAGAUCAAGCUGGUGCCCAUAUCGGCUCUAAAAAUGGAGGUUCACGGGCCGAACAUGAUCCAAAGUCUGAUAAGAGGCAAAGGGGAUCACUAUGGUCGUUUCUAAGCUGCUGCCGUGCGCCUAAGGACGAUGAUGGUGAAGACAUGGCUUCACUCCCACCAAAGCAGACUGUCAAACCUCAUUCACUCCGGACCACCCAACCAAUAUCCGAGAAAGCGGAUGCUGGCGUUGCUGAUUCGGGUAGUGCCGACAGGAAGGAUGACGCUGAUGCCACUACCGAAAAGCCAGCAAUCAAAAUAUUCGAUGAGCAAAGUGCCCCCAUAGCUGAGAAUAAUGUCGGUGCUGCUGUAGAUGAGAAAGCUGCUGUUACAACAAAGCAAGAAGACGAGGAAGAAUCCACUCUUUCUGGCCGUGACAGUAACACUCACCACCAAACCGAGCCAGUCCUCCCGGAGAGUUCCAAACUUGACCCAGUACAUGUUUUGUCAGAGGAAUCUGGCGCAUCAAACUCUCUAGCCGCCGGCCAAACCGAGAAACCCACAGAGACACCAGCUACCAUUCCUGAGCAACAGAACCGGAGUGACGAAACCGACAUGCAUGACCAGUAUCCUAUCGCCAGCGCCGAUGAGCCAGCCGCCGAAGCGAACCACCAAGUUGUCCAUCAAACCCCUCUUCCACCUCCACCUCCCCUGGACCUCGCAUAUCCCCAAGCAGCUUCUGAUAAACCGGUUCCUCCUGUACCAUCUGUUCAAAGCGAAAAGCAAAAAUGGCUAUUGCCCCCCAUUCAAGACCAUUUCUCUGGCAGGAAAUGCCUAGUCUUGGAUCUCGACGAAACUCUUGUUCAUAGCAGCUUUAAGGUUCUUGAUCGAGCUGAUUUCACUAUACCCGUCGAGAUAGAGGGACAAUAUCACAAUAUAUAUGUGAUCAAACGUCCUGGAGUAGACCAGUUCAUGAAACGUGUUGGUGAACUCUACGAGGUUGUUGUUUUCACUGCAUCUGUAUCAAAGUAUGGAGAUCCAUUACUAGAUAAACUAGAUAUCCAUAAAGUUGUCCAUCAUCGCCUCUUUAGAGAUAGCUGCUACAACCACCAAGGAAACUAUGUCAAGGACCUAUCGCAAGUUGGCCGUGAUCUUAAAGAAACGAUUAUUAUCGAUAACUCCCCGACUUCCUACAUAUUUCACCCAAAGCAUGCAAUCCCAAUCAGCAGCUGGUUCUCAGACGCCCAUGACAACGAGCUCCUCGACCUCAUUCCAGUACUAGAAGACCUAGCUCACAGCCAUGUGCGAGAUGUGAGCUUGGUGCUGGACGUUGCCUUAUAG